AGACAGUUGUUACAAAUUACGAGGGGGUGCGAUGAGGCCAAGAAAACGCGUCAUCUCUUUACCACUUUCUGUCUCUUCCGCACCUGCCUCCCUGUCUACUUUCCUCUCAUAUUCUCUCUCUCUCCCCCUUCUAUUUUGUAUAAAGAACCCACUUUUCUCUCUUUUCAUUUCAUUUUCACACAUCUCUCUCUCUCCCAUUUUCACAUUUUUCUCUCUCUGCGUCUCAAGAAAUCAACGCCACAGAUUUGAACCCAUGGAAGACCGCAAGGAGAGGAAUGCUUGCGUAUCUGUACCACAAUUUGGAGCAUGGGAGAGCCAGUGUGACAUGCCCAAUUACUCCAUGGAUUUCUCUAUGAUCAGAGAGUUGAAGAAACAAAACAAGAAGGAUUUUAGUAGAGCAAGUCUUGGGAAUGAAGAGGAGCUUAUACACCACCACCACCAUAGCAAUUCUCCCACUACAAGGAAGAAGCUGCUUAGCUACUUCAACUGUUUUAUAAAGGCAUAAUUCAUAGGAUCUCUACUUCAACUCUGGGUCAAGUAGCUUGUAUUUUCAGAUGUCAAGCCUUUUGAGUAGGUGAAAUAAAAAGAUUGUUUUUUGUUCUCUGAUUGCUUGCUUGUUCUAAGCUUUUAAUCCUUUAGAUAGGGCAGGCAUUUCCUUAAAAGAUAUAGUCUCUGUACUUGGAUUCUUAUGUCCAUGGGUUUUUUUUAUUUUUCCCUGUUCCACGUUCAUUUUUAUUUUUCCCUGUUCCACGUUCACUAAAGCAUGCCACAUUAUGAUAUUUUAGAAAUUUCAA